UAGACAUUUGUAGCAAUGGUCAGUCUUAUACCAGCUGUAGAAUCUAACUUUCACUACAACAAUCAACAUACAAACGAGAAACUGUGCACUAUUAUGAAAUACUUAAUUCUGACCGUGGCGCUCUUCGGUGCGUCAACUGUCGCCCAAGGCCCUUGUACGGAUUCGUGCUGGCAAAAUUGUCCAAUUGAUAAUCGUUGUCCGUCCAGGAACGGACCGACUGCGACUUUGCUACCACAUCUUACCACAUGUACUAAAUUCGUUAAAUGUGAAUCUGGACAUGGCUGUGUACACGACUGCCCAAAUGGACUUCAUUUCAGUCGCACGGAAAAUACUUGUGAUUGGCCAAAUCGAGCUUGUUGUGACCAGUCAGUUUGCAAACCCGAUGACGUACCUGACAGAAAUUGUGAGUUGCAUUCGAGUUGCCCCACUGUGAACCCGGUUAAGCCGAUAAUAAUGCCACACCUAAAUUGUGCCAAGUUCUACAAAUGUGACCGAGGAUAUGCUUGCGAGUAUGACUGUCCUGAAGGAUUACAUUUCAAUAAAAAGGAAUUGGCAUGUGAUUGGCCCUGGCGAGCUUGCUGUGAUCCGACCGUUGAGUGCUACGUGCCAUGCGAGGAUCAAACUUGUGCUCCAGCAACAUCUACACCAGCGCCUACGCCCGCUCCAACGCCAGCACCGACGCCCGCUCCAACGCCGGCACCGACGCCAGCCCCAACUCCGGCACCAACCCCAGCACCAACCCCAGCACCAACGCCGGCACCAACACCGGCACCAACACCGGCCCCAACACCAGCUACAACUUUACCACCUACCGACGAUGACGAAUGCAAUACUUGCCCAAAGAAUUGCGAAGAGAAUGUUCUCUGUCCGAUCGUGAAUCCCGCACAACCUAUUUUACUGCCGCACUACGACUGCACAAAAUUCUACAAGUGCGAAUCUGGUCGCGCCUGCGAGGUGAAAUGUCCAGAUGGACUACAUUUCAACGAUCGGAAGUCGGUGUGUGAUUGGCCUUGGCAAGCAUGCUGUGAUUCGUCUGUGCCGUGCAACCCGAACCCAUGCAUUCCUGGUGUGACGUGCGCUCCAUCUGUAGGGUAACUGUUGAGCGCAUCAAUAUAUACAGGAUUGAAGGAAACGGCCCUGUGGAACUGUGUUAUUAUAGAUGUAAGAUUUUGUUAUACUGAAAUUUGAGUUAUGCUGUUAUCGUUCUACCGAGAUUGGUUCAUCAAUAACCCCAUCCGCUUUGAAAUAAUUAAUUAUGUAUUGUGAUUCGAGGGAAGCAAAGAAAGGAAUGCUACUGUCAGUUCCUUUCUGUGUUUUUUUACUAAUAAACCAAGGAUAAUACAAAAA